UAACGCGAGAACGAAACCAUCGCCGGUCAACUCUCCAAUUAUUACUGCACAUAUACAAGGACUCCGUGGAUUGUAAAAACGCCGACACACACUAUUCCUACGGAGUACCCAGUUCGAGGGCUUGCUUCCUCCGGCAAUCAUGACAUCCCAGCCCACCGUCUCUGAGGAGCUCCUCUCAAAGCUCACCUGCACCCUGGAGCUAGACCUACACGGAAUGAUACGGGACAUCCCCCCAGCACUCCCUUCAGCCAUACGACGUGACUCUGCUUGUUCAUCGCUUGGCUCACUCGACAUCCUUCCCGCCGAGCUCUUGCUGCUCACCUGCAACCUCCUGGACUUCCAGUCCCUGUCUCGCGUCUCCCGCGACUCUGUGAAGGGGAAGGAGGUCGUGGAGGCCUUGCCAGCGUACAGAGACGUAAUAGACCACGCGCCCGAGGUACUGACUGCGCUGGGAAAGACACAACUGCUCCGCUAUCAUUCCGCGCCCUUGCUGCGCCAAACCCUUCGAUCAGGCACGUGCGCCUCCUGUUCCGACUUUGGCGGCUUUCUGUUCCUGCCCACCUGCGAGAGAGUCUGCUUCGAAUGCCUGCACCAGAACCGUGCAUUCCGGAUGACCACCCUGGCCACUGCCAAGCAGUGCUUCGGUCUGACGUAUAGCCAGCUGAAGAGGAUUCCCAUACUACACAGCAUACCCGGCACGUACUCGGUUAGGUUCCAGGUCUCGCGCCGGCGGGUUUAUCGUCUUGUGUCCGUGAAACAGGCGAAACGGCUGGGGGUCGAGGUCCACGGAUCGGUCGAGGACUUGGCCAAGCUCGUGCCGGCAAGGCGCACCGUAAAAAUGACCACGAGGCAGUUCUGGGUCUUCAGGCGUUUUCACGAGGCACCGCGGGAACCUCCGGGCUGCGACUUGUCAAGACACAUGGUGGAGGACGAUUUCGGCGGCGUGGCCUCCCUCCGCUUCCCUUACUUGACGGAAGCCGGGGGGGCAGACUACGGACGCCUAUGUCGAGGAUGUCGUCUUACGUACGACCAUUAUCGGCAAGGCGAACUGCCCACUACCGUGCUGUCGGAACUUGCCCCGCCAGGCGUCGAUCCGCACCGUCCACUUAUUGCGGCAGUGUCUCGGCUGCGGUCGAGGGAAGGCUUCUCAGAUCAUAUCGGACACUGCUACGGUGCCCGUCGACUGCUUGCAAAGUGGGGAGAAGUCCGAAAGUAUCACGGCGGAUAUUGUGUUCUGGACAUCUAUGAGCAGGUUGUCAACAGGAAAUCUGGAGAAGCUGCAGGCCAGAACGCCCCGCAAGAUCGCCUGCCAUUAAGCUAUGAAGUUCUCAGAUGUUUUCAUACGGUCGACGUGAACGUAGAGGAUCGCCCGGCCCUCCGGCCUCUACUCUCCGUCCGCAACCAACACUACCGCACCGCGUCUCUUUCCUGUCUCCUCGGCCAGCUCAGCGGUCAGCCCCUCAAGCUCCCGCCGGGCUUUAUCCUCUUCAUACGCCUCGGCAUGCUCGAAACCAAUCACUUUGAUCGCUUGACUGACAAAUAUACCAGACCAGGAAUCUACUGUGCCGAUCAAGGAGCCAUGUGCUCCCAAGACUACAUUAUUUACAGAUGUGGAUGUGUCAACAAGGGCGCAUUCAGACAGUGCGAUGUGAAUACGACGCUCAAUCCAACUUGCAGUGCGAUGGCCUGGGACGAACUAACGAUGAGUUACGCAACUACUGCUCCAAGCACUUGGUGAAGGAGAGUAAGGCGAAGGAUGAGUUUAGAGACCGCGUUCCACGGUAAAGCAUGGAUUACCAUCACCAGCCUCUGUCAUGUUAGAGCACAGAUCAUGGUGGUCAUGGCGCCUCUCAUUGUUCGUGACGGUAGAUAUCAAACACAAGAGCUAUGUAAUAAGUAUGUGGCUGAGAACGAAUGAAGCGCCCGCCUUACCUCCGGACUUGGUCAUCGCGAGCGUCGUUGGUGGUCUCCCAGUGACCCC